AUGUACUUUAUUCAAGAUGGACGAGGAGUUGCUGGAGCAUCUGUUCCGGAGCUUUUUGAGCCGAUGUUGCGUGGGCCGAUUCGUGCGCGAUCAGCAGAUGGGUUGGAGAUGCUGGUGUCCGUGUCGUUUCAGUGGAGGCUGAGGUCUGACGCGCUGAAGGAUCUCUACAACAUCUUGGGAGAAACCAUGUACAGGGAUGAAUUUGUCCGCUUUGCCCGGGCAGCUAUCAUUGAGUCCUGCUCUUUGUUUACGGCCGAUCAAUAUUUCACGGAGCGCACGACGAUCACGUCGAAGAUGCUGGAGGUGCUUCAAUCGAACUUUGACAAGCCGGAGCUUGGACUAAGAAUGGAGAUCACGGGCCUCCAGCUGCGAGAGGUUGACCUGCCCGACGACUAUGACGACGAAAUUGAGAACACGCAAGAACAAAUGCAGGAGGUUGAGGUGGGCAAAGCUGAGCGUCAGGAGCAGAUCAUCAUCAAGGAAGCAGAGAAGCUAGUUGCGAUUCAGCAGGUUGAGGAGCUUCUAAGAGGAGCGAGAGGAUUUGCACGCAGAAUCGAUCUCCAAAAUCAGGCUACAAUCACUCAGCUGAAGCUGGUGCAGCAGAAGCAAGCCGAGGCAAAUGCGGCAAUCCUUCAGCAGUUUGCAAACGAGACACAGGCCUUUGACAGGCUGUUCGAAGUUAUGGAGAUUCGUGCUCUCGAAGAUCAUGAAGCAGAAAGGAUGGCAGUGAGCCUGUAA